UCUCAGUUCAAUCGAGUCAGUUGUAUUCUAAUAGUGCCGGCUAAAAGAGAAAGACACAUACGGACCGCAUUAAAAGGUGUAUUUAUCUCGGAAACCAACUUAUUUAUUACUUUCACAAAUCAUUAAUGGCGGAUUAUAAUAGUAUUAGAAGCCGACAUGAAAGUACAGACAGUCUGGAUUCAUCAACACCAACCACUGAAGAUUAUUCUGAUGAAGACAAAGAUGGAUUAGAUAUUGAAGAUUUUAAUAUUAUUAAAACCAUUGGAACAGGUACCUUUGGCAGAGUGUUACUGUGCAAGAACAAAACAUCAGAUGAAUACGGUGCUAUGAAAAUAUUAUGUUUGGCAGAUGUUAUACGGCUGAAACAGGUGGAACACGUGAAAAAUGAAAAGCAUAUCCUUCAGGAAAUUAGGCAUCCAUUUAUUGUAAAUCUUUUAUGGUGCAGCAGAGAUAACAGUUGUAUUUACAUGCUGUUUGAAUAUGUGUGUGGUGGCGAGUUAUUUUCCUACCUUCGCAAUGCUGGUAGAUUUAGCACCUCAACUGGUAACUUCUACAGUUCAGAGAUAGUCAGUGCUUUGGAAUAUCUCCAUUCCAAAAGUAUCGUCUACAGAGACCUUAAACCUGAGAACCUUCUGCUUGAUAAAGAAGGCCAUCUUAAAAUUACAGAUUUCGGAUUUGCAAAAAAAUUAACUGAUAGAACAUGGACAUUGUGUGGAACACCCGAGUACUUGGCACCUGAAAUAAUACAGAGCAAAGGACACAACAAAGCGGUGGACUGGUGGGCACUAGGAGUAUUAAUAUACGAAAUGUUGGCUGGAUAUCCACCUUUCUAUGAUGACAAUCCAUUUGGUAUAUAUGAAAAAAUAUUAAGCGGAAAAAUAGAAUGGGCGAAACAUUUAGAUCCGGUUGCUAAAGAUCUCAUAAAAAAACUAUUAGUACAAGAUAGAACAAAAAGAUUAGGAAAUAUGAAGAGUGGAGCUGAUGAUAUUAAACGACAUCGAUGGUUCAAAGGUAUUGAUUGGCAGGAAGUUCUAAUGAGAAAAUUAACACCACCUAUUGUGCCAAAAAUAAUGUAUGAAGGAGAUUCCAGUAAUUUUGAUGACUACCCUGAGGGAGACUGGAAAUCAACCAGGACAUUAGAAGAAUCUGAAUUAAAAUUAUUUGAAGAUUUUUGAUUAUGAACUUUUUAACAUAUUGUGUAAGGUCAACAUGAGUUGUAUUCCUUUUAAAAAGCUUUACAUUCACACAACCAUCACCAUCACCAUAUUAUUUAAUAUUUAAUAGCCCCUUGUUGCUUUUGUUUAUGGAAUGUGAAGCAGCUUAUUGAAUUAUAUUAAUAAAAUUCAUAAGAUUGCACUAAUAUUUGGUGCUCUUUUUACAAAAUGUGAUACAUUAUUUAUAAAGAAAUAUGUCUAAUUUUUAUAGAAGAUAUUUGUAUAUAUAUAUAUUGUUAUUUGAGUGUUGUUAUAAUGAUUUGUUGAACUUAAAUAUUUAACAUUGUAAGUAAUAAAUUAUAUUAAAAACA